AUUGACAAGGGAUUUGUUUUGUUGCAUUUAUUUUCCUAUCAGAAAUAAAAUGUAAUCGAUUUUAUUUAUUAUAAUAUGUAGUAGAAAUGUAGAAUGAUGUACAAUUUGUACGUUGAGGGUGCUGAAGGUAUGACUACAUCUGGUCUUGGGACGUAGUACAUUGGUGAUGAAACCCUGCCAUGGCCCAAAUCAUAAGAACAAUGCGACCAGCUUACACCUCUGGAAUGGGUGAUUAGAACUUGAAACAAGAAAGUAUAGAUAGAGUCGAGAAGAUGGCUGGUGCAGCAACAGUAUUGAAGCCGCGCGGGGUCGCGUGCGCGCCCUCUAGUCAUAGAAUAAGCCUGUGUUUUGUUAUUGUUUUAUUAUUAGGUAUCCCAAGUGCACAUUCCCAGUUAGAAAAAUUGUAUAUAACCGAAACGGAUCUCAAUAUCCUUGUUGACGACACACACCUCAUGAAACUGGUGCAAAUUGGCCAAUACAAUGAAAGUCUGAAAGUGACAGCUAACAUCCAACACCCGGACAUCGUGCAAUUCGUCCCUCAAACCAUAGACAUCCCGGGCUCGAAAGAACCGAACUCCACGGUCAAGAUUACCUAUGAUAUCUGCGCUUACGCAAAGAGUCCGGGACAUUCUGAAGUUACUUUCAAUGUCACUCCUGCUGGAUAUGUCAACAUGGACACAGUAUUCCUCCGCAUCACGGUGAUGCACUCUCACGCCAUCAACGUGAUCUCCUACAUCAUGGGCUGGAUAUACUUCGCGGCCUGGUCCGUCUCCUUCUACCCUCAGAUCUACAUCAACUUUAAGAGGAAGAGCGUCGUUGGAUUAAACUUCGAUUUCUUGGCACUGAAUAUCAUGGGAUUUACGAUGUAUUCUCUGUUUAACUGCGGACUUUAUUUUUCGAGAGAUAUUCAGAGCGAGUAUUUCGCCCGUCACCCCCGCGGCCUGAACCCGGUGCAGCUGAACGAUGUGUUCUUCUCUCUUCACGCAGCCUUCGCCACGCUUAUCACUAUCACUCAGUGCUUCUUGUAUGAGCGCGAAGACCAGCGAGUAUCAACAACAGGCCGCAGCAUACUGGGCGUGUUCACCGUCAUUGUCCUGGUGUCAGCGGGCGUCAGCGCGGGCGGCAAGCUGGCGUGGCUCGACUUCUUGUACUACUGCAGCUAUAUCAAGCUGUCUAUUACGCUCAUUAAAUAUGUGCCGCAGGCGUACAUGAACUACAAACGCAAAUCAACAGUAGGGUGGAGCAUCGGCAACAUCUUCCUGGACUUCGUCGGCGGCUUCCUCUCGAUCCUGCAGAUGGCACUGAACGCUUACAACUACAACGACUGGAUCUCGUUCUUCGGCGACGCGACCAAAUUCGGCCUCGGCCUCUUCAGUCUCGUCUUCGACAUAUUCUUCAUUCUACAGCACUACGUCUUCUAUAGAGAGGGCAAAGAGUUUGUCAGGGUAAACAGUAGUGACGAGGGGUCCGACAUUUCCAGCAGUAACGAGGGGAGGGAGUAUUUUGUGUUGGUACACAACUGGCACGCCGACGAGAAAAAGUAUGAUCUGGACAUCAAAGCGUGAUGAAGCCCCAAGCCAGCCCUGUGCCAGUUUCCCGUAGUAAUUUAGAUCUUAUUCUUAAUCCAAUUAGGUUUAUUUUUGAACUACAACUUUCAGAUGGUUGCUGAUGUCUGAUUUUAGCUUUAUUAAGAUAUUUUCGGUUAUAAUUUUGAAAGUAUACAAUUAGUUAAGGAUUGCAGUGCUUUACUUUCUUUGAUAUUUUUGGAGCUUUGAGUUCCCAAGCAAGCAGUAUUCAUUGAGGGUAAAAAUCAAGAUGAUAAUUAUAUUUUUUUAUGUAAAGGGUAUAGGGAUAUUAUUAACAGCAUUUCAUUUAAAUCAUUCACUGCCUAAUGGGAUACCAAUAUUAAGAAACAGCAAUGCAAUAAUUUAUAUAUGUAUUUAUUUUAUUAUAUUUAGGAUAUUUUUUAUUAUAUAACAAAAAUAAUAUUAUUUUAGAUAGGAUACUGUCUGACAGAAUGUUUUAAUUAUUUUCUGUUUAAAACAAGAUAAACAGACUGAUUUUCAUUGUAUUUUAUGCAUUUAUGAUUUUUAUUACGGGACUGUUUUUAUUUGUUUAUUUAUACAUUUUAAUAUGUCGUAAUUUGUUCCCAGCUAAUGUAUGGUCCCGCCAUUUUUUUUUCUUAUGAAAAUUAAAAGUCGUAUUGAAUGUAAUUCAAAAUACCUAAUAUUCGUAACUAAGUGACCACAUAUUAAUUUGUAAUUAUAGUCUAAGACAUGCAGAGCUCGAAAACUUUUAAUAUUCAAAAGAAAAAAAUACAUAACUGAAGUUUUAAAAAAGUUGAAAAUUUAAUAAUUUCUAUUUACAAAUUUAUUAUAAUGUUUGUUAAAUGACCAAGUCAUUAUUCGUUUCAAAGAUCUGUGAUGACAACACAUUUUAUAUUAAAAUGUGAAAUGAUAUCACGCUGUUUUGAUUGCCAUCCUUAAAAAUAAGUUUCGAUACAACUUCCCAUCCCUAUCCUGUAAUAUCGACAAGUAACAACACUAUUAAAUUGAUUUUAUUUACUGUAAGUUGUAAAGCAAUAGGCAAACAGAUUUAAAUCUCAGUUCUAAAGUUUAUGUAAUUAUGAAAUUAAGUUUAGGUAUAAUUAGGGAGUAGUAUAUAAGGUUUUUGUUUAUGGUAUUUAAUAAAUUAAUCUUGGUUUG